AUGUGUUUUACUAUUUUCAUUUUAUUAGAGACAAUUAAAGAUUUAAGAAAUGAUUUAUUCCUUGCUAGAACGGGCAAUACAAGAAAGCCUUCCUCUGUGUACAAAUAUGUGAAAGAACAUGGAGACGUACAAACUUGGAAAAUCGAGGAGGAUAUUGGUACAGAGCCAUUGUUUGGUCACCGAGUAUUCAUUCAAUACCCUAAUGCUCCUAUACAAGGAUCAAGUGAAAUCACGAUAAAUCAACUAUUUUGCAAAAAUGUCGUGAAUGAAAUCGUAAAAAAGUUGUACUUAGAAAGUCAGUUACUUGUACUUGGAGAUUAUGGUAGCCGAAAAGGUCAAGUUUACGCUGAUAUCAUAAUUGGCCAUGCUAAUUAUCAUCAAGAAUUGACAAAUAGCCCACCUGAUUUAUCAAAAGGCUUGGGUUGGAAAGUCGAGAAUGAUUUAAAUAAUAGUACAAAAGUAAAGGAAGGGAAGGAUGAUGAUGGUGCCCCAAAAGUGAAGUUUGAGGAAAGUCCCAAUUACGAAUGGAGUGAACAUACGGCCUCACUUAUUACUGGCCUAAUUUGUUGCUAUUAUGAUGAUCUGAUAAAGAGUAAGACGAGAGCUUCUGGUGAAAAAAACAAAUCUCAAAAUAACGAUUAUACAUAUAUAUUACAUCACACCUUGGAACCGGAAGAGUGUAUAGUUUUUUUGGCACAAGUACAUGAUUAUGGAAUAAAGGAUGCCGUUUUGAAGAUUGAAGUUUGCAAAAACUCCGAAAUAUCACAAGUUUACCGUGAAAUAUCAGCGUUGCGUGCAUUAAGUAAUCUUUCUUGUGUUCCAAAAAUUCUCUUUGAAGGUCAUACAGAGGGAGGAUCACUGGCUUUACUAACCGGUUUUGCGGGGCAACCCCUGGAAUCAUGGGUUUCUGAUAAUGGUAAUAUAGAUGAUCACACACUUUUUCAAAUAAUUCUGAAUCUAUUAUCGUGUUUGGAGAAGAUACAUGCCGAUUAUUACACGCACGGAGAUGUGGCCAUGCGAAACGUCAUAUACAGAAAUGGUCAUUUCUAUCUUAUAGAUUUUGGCCUUGCAACUAUGCUACAACUUCACCCUGAUCAAUGUCAAGCAAUUAUUCAGGAUUACAUCAAUUUGUGUCAAAUAAUUGGAGUUAUCAAGUUUGGAAAGAAAAUUUCGUUGCUAGAAUUGAUAGACAAAUUGGACGGAGAGUUGAAACUAUUUGUUACAGCUAUCGAUAAUGCAAGUAAGUGGAAAAUAUUUAAUGAAGAGAAGUGGUUAGAAAAGUUUAGUGCUGAAGUUAAACAACUUCAUGAGGGAUCAUCACCUACCUAG